AUGUCCAUUAAAAAUAAUUUAGCCUUCCCUCUAAUUUUAUUUUUCUCCAUUUAUUUAUUUUUCUUUUUAAAUUGGAAUUUUGUUGAAUCGAAAAAUUUGGAAAGCCGAAAACUUGAUAUUUUAAAAAUGCAAAAAAUUUUAAGUAAAGGAGGAAAGAAAAUCCAUUUUAAUAAAGAGAAGAGAAUUUUUAGAAAAAAUAAUGAAGAGGGAUUUUUUGUUGAUUUUGCUUUGGUUAUUUGUAAUAUAUACAGUGAAUAUCUUGAUAGAAAUAUUUUUGUGGACUUUUGUUAUAGUGAGGAAAAAUAUUUUGAUAAUUAUUGCGAUUUGAAGUCGUUGAGUAAUCCAAUUAAUGCAACAUUUAAUGAUCUAAACUUUGAUAAAAUUGUUAUUUUCGUUGAUCAAGUCGUUGAUAAUAAAGGAGAGACCCUUAUAAAUGUUGGAAAUAAUAUUGAAUUUGCACUUUUUACUCCGUCUAGAGACAAUGUCAUAAAUGGAAAUGUUAAAAAUAUUGAGAAAAUUGCAAAGGAAUUGAAUGCUCUAGUUGAUGAUGAAAAUAAUUAUUAUUUAAAUGAAAAAUGUACUAAUUUAAAAUCUGAAGGGGAACCAACAAUUGGUUUAAAAUUUAAAAAUUUAAAGACAACAAUUAAUGUUUCUGGAAAAGAUAUAGCAAACCAUGGGGUAAAUAAAUUUAAAUAUAUAUGUUAG